UAUUCCAUGAAAAUGCACUGGUCCCAGUAAGUUUCCACAUGUUACUCUGCGCAUUUUUUGAACCCUUCUUCUUUGGGAUCUCUUACCUCACCCUCACUCCGAGCACAAACAGACAUAUACUUCCCCUGUGAAUUAUGUUUCUAAACCUGUCCACUCGAACCUUGUAUGGUACAGCCAUGGAUAGCAACAACGGUAGUCCAUGGUCGUUCACACUCCCAAUUUUCUUGCUUUGCUUAUCUCUCUGCACCACCCACCUCUGUCUUGACUCCAACACCAUCUCCACCGACAAGUCCCUCUCCGGCGACCAAAUCUUAACCUCCUCCGGCGGCAACUUCAAGCUCGGCUUCUUCACACCAGGUAACUCGUACUCCUACAUAGGCAUCUGGUACAACAAAAUCAGCGUGCAAACCGUCGUCUGGGUCGCCAACAGAGACAACCCCGUCACCGACAGGUACUCCACUGAACUUAAGAUCUCGGGUGGCAAUCUUGUAAUGGUCAACGACUCUGGAGUCCCCGUUUGGUCCACGAAUCUGACUGCUUCUUCAUCUGGGUCGAGCUCAACGGUGGCAGUUCUUGGGGAUGACGGCAACUUCGCUCUCAAAGACGGGCUGAAUUCUUCCGUGACUCUGUGGCAGAGCUUCAAUCACCCGACGGACACAUGGCUUCCGGGUGCGAAAAUCAUGAUCGACAAGCGCACGAACAUGAGUCAGCCGUUGACAUCGUGGAAGAAUGUCGAGGAUCCUUCGACAGGUUUGUUCUCUCUCCAGCUCGAGCCAUUCAGUGAGUACGACGGAUGGUGGAUUAGGAACUCUUUCUACCCCGAAAUAAGAUCAUAUUAUACUAACCAUUUCAAAUAUGUGGACAAUGAGAACGAGAGCUACUUCACCUAUUCAAGCAAAAUCUCCACCAACACCAUAUCAAGGCUUGUGAUGGAUCUUUCUGGGCAGAUCAAGGAGUAUUCCUGGUUGUCUUCUUUCCAGGCGUGGAGCUUGCUCUGGUCUCAGCCCCGGCAACCAUGCGCGGUGUCUAGACUUUGCAGACCUUUUGGUGUUUGCACCAAGACUGCCCCCAAUUUCUGCAGCUGCUUGCCUGGGUUUAGCAUCAGCUCUGUGAGGGAUUGGAAUCUGAGUGAUUGGUCUGGCGGUUGCAAGAGGAAUUCGGACUUGAAUUGUGCAGCAAAUGCUUCUAAUGCGGAAAGAGACCGUUUCUCGCUUAUUUCUAACAUGAUAUGGCCUGAUGAUCCGAUAUCUUUAGAUGUCUGGAGCAAUACGGAAUGCCAAGCUGCUUGUUUGAGCAAUUGCUCUUGCACGGCUUAUGCUUUCGAGGGUAAUGCCUGCUCAAUCUGGAUUGGGGAUCUCUUCAAUGCGCAACAGCUCUCACAAAAUGGCACCGGUGGAAUAAGCUUCUAUCUCAGGCGUGCCGCUUCUGACGUUCAGGAUACAAGCAAGAAGAGCAACGUAAUCGCGAUAGUUGCAGGGUCUGUUAGCUCCACAGUAGCGAUAUUAGCCAUUGUCUUUUUUGGCAUUCGGAGAUGGAGGAGAAGGGCAACUGUAACAUCAGAGACAGUGGAGGGUUCACUGGUAGCCUUUGCAUACCGGGACUUGCAAGUAGCAACCAAGAAUUUCUCAGAGAAGUUGGGUGGGGGCGGGUUCGGUUCGGUUUUCAAAGGAACAUUACCUGAUUCAAGUCCCAUAGCGGUCAAGAAGCUUGAAAGCAUAAGCCAAGGAGAGAAGCAAUUCCGAACAGAAGUAUGCACACUCGGCAACAUCCAGCAUGUGAAUCUUGUCUGGCUUCACGGCUUCUGCUCUGAAGGUGACAAAAGGCUGUUGGUCUACAGUUUCACGCCAAAUGGUUCCUUAGACAAUCAUCUCUUUCGCAGAAAGGACUCGAAGACCUUGGAUUGGAAAACGAGGUACCAAAUUGCUUUGAGAACAGCUCGAGGUCUGGCUUAUCUCCAUGAGAAGUGUAGAGACUGCAUCAUACAUUGCGACAUCAAGCCAGAGAACAUCCUUCUAGAUGCUGAAUUCUGCCCAAAAGUGGCAGAUUUUGGCCUAGCAAAGCUUGUUGGCCGAGAUUUCAGCAGGGUGUUGACGACCAUGAGAGGCACAAGAGGGUAUCUUGCACCCGAGUGGAUCUCCGGAGUGGCCAUAACAGCAAAAGCUGAUGUUUAUAGCUAUGGAAUGAUGCUCUUUGAGUUUGUUUCAGGAAGGAGGAACUCAGAGCUUUCGGAAGAUGGGGCCAUUAAGUUCUUCCCAACAUGGGUUGCUAGUAAGAUAGCCGAAGGAGGUGACCUGCUCGAUCUUUUGGACAGAGACUUGGAGACAAACGCUGAUACUGAAGAGCUAACUCGGAUAUGCAGAGUUGCUUGCUGGUGUGUCCAAGAUGAGGAAACUCACAGGCCAUCGAUGGGGCAGGUUGUUCAAAUACUUGAGGGGUUGUUGGAUGUGAACCUUCCCAGGAUGCCGAGAGCCCUUCAACUGCUUCUUGAUAAUCAGGAGCAUGUAGUUUUCUUCACUGAGUCGUCAUCGUCGAACCAGAGUGCCCAGACGAAAAGUAAUACCUCAACUGCUUCCUUGCAGAAGCAAAAUAGUCCAUCUUCAACAAAGUCUGAGCGUUGAGGAUGACAAGAUAAAUGCUUAGUAAAAGAAGUGCUUCAGUUAGUUAGUGCAUAUUCCCUUCUGCUUUUUUGUAGUCAAGAAAGAAUCUUAGCAUUCGCGGAUUGGCUUUCUUGGGGCUUUUCCCCUAGCUUUUUUUUUGUUAAAUAUAGCUACAAGCAAGCUUCGAAUAAGUGCCAGGCCAGACCAAUUGCAAAGACCCUUCAUUCUAUACAAUGAUAUGCUGUCUGCUUUUUUA